ACCGCUAUUUACCUAGGGAUUCGAACUACAAACCUCAUCAGCAUCACUAUAUUAUAAUACUAACCCAACAGACAGAUUCAUAAAAAUGGAUGAAGAUGAUCAAAAAGUAGCCAUAAUGCGAAAAGCAUUUCAAAUGUUUGACACUUCCAAAUCGGGAUUCAUUGAUACACUAAAAAUAAGUACUAUAUUAAAUACCAUGGGUCAAUUGUUUGAUGAUUCCGAAUUAAAUGAACUAAUAGAAGAAGUUGAUCCAGAUGCCACAGGUAAAGUCAACUUUGAUGGAUUUUGCAAAAUUGCUGCCCAUUUUCUUGAAGAAGACGAUGCUGAAGCUAUGCAAGAAGAAUUAAAAGAAGCUUUCAGACUUUAUGAUCGAGAAGGUAAUGGAUAUAUAACAACUGCUACUUUAAGAGAAAUAUUAGCAGCAUUGGAUGAUAAACUUGGUCCAGAAGACUUGGAUGGUAUCAUUGCUGAAAUUGAUACUGAUGGAUCAGGCACUGUUGAUUUUGAUGAAUUCAUGGAAAUGAUGACAGGAGAAUAAAAUUACAAGACAAAGAUUUUACUUGAGGAUGUGAAUUUUUUUUCUUUUUAAUGGAAACAAUUGAUAAUUAUAAUAAACCAUCUCCAUAUAUCUGCA